UUUUACUUUGAGAACUUUUAGGAUAUCCUAUCCACGCUGGCAUCUUUAUGUAUUCAUUUACUGAUAUAAGACUGUAUCUGAUGCUGUAGCGUUGUCACGGCCUGGCGGGCUUUAGGACCAUGGAGCCAGGCCCUGCAGUCAUGUGCAUUUAAAUGGCAAGUCAUUAUUGCAGUGAUACUACACACCUUUGCACGUCAGGAGCGGGCACAGCAGGAACUCUGCCUCACUAGUGUCAGUGUGAUCCCAGUGUGACUCCUCUCCUGUCUGUCCAUCCAUGUCCGCUGUGUAAACCUGCUCUGUCCGGGAUAUUCUGCUGUAUCACGGGAUCCCAGCGGUGUGGAAUGAGUUUUAUCAACAACUGGAGACGAAGCGUGAAGAAAAAUGACAACAAGGAUUCCAAACAGGCACAGGACAUCCCUGACAACCCAGACUCCACGAGCCAGCUGUUUGUCAUAAACAGUCCAGACCUGGAUCCCAUCAUCACAGACUUCAGGUUACAGCUGCCGGACAACAAAGAUGUUAUGGAAUCAACAAAUCCAUCAAAUGGGUGCUCGCGGUCAGACCUGUCUCUGGCUCUGGAGGACUGUAUGACUGCCCUGGACAUGUUCCUCAGAAACGACUUUGACGAGGCACAGGCCCGGCUCAAAUGCAGAGCCAAAGAGAGCAUGUACCAUGCUCUGGCUUAUGCCACCAUUCUGGAGAUGCAGGCCAUAAUGACCUUUGACCCCCAACACAUCCUGGCUGCAGGAACCACCAUGAAGGAGGCCCAGGCUAUAUGUCAGCGACACCGCAAAAAGUCAAGCUUCUCCAAAAACUUCACAGAAGAGGAACUCCAUGCUGAAGUCUGCUAUGCCGAGUGUCUCCUGCAGAGGGCAGCGCUCACCUUCCUUCAGGAUGAAAACAUGAUCAAUUUCAUCAAGGGGGGAAUCAAAGUGAGGAACAGCUACCAAACAUACAAAGAGCUGCACAACAUCCUCCAGUCUGCUGGGUACACUCAAAGUGACAAUCACAGCCAUUUUGAGGGUGGUGUUAAAUUGGGAGUAGGAGCCUUUAAUCUAAUGAUUUCUAUGUUGCCCACACGAACGCUCAAGCUCCUGGAAUUUGUCGGGUUCUCUGGUAACAAGGAGUUUGGCCUCCAGCAGCUUCAGGAGGGCUCUGCAGAAACUACAUUCAGAUCCUUUCUUUGUAACAUGUUGUUGCUUUGUUAUCACACCUUCAUGAGCUUCAUACUAGGCACUGGAGAAGGAGAUGUUGAAGAUGCAGAGAAACUGCUGCAACCAUAUCUCAAAAAAUAUCCUAAGGGAUCCAUCUUCUUGUUCUUUGCUGGUCGAAUAGAAGAGAUCAAAGGGAACCUAGAUGCUGCUAUCAAACGUUUCGAGGAGUGUUGUGAGGCUCAGCAGCAGUGGAAGCAGUUUCACCACAUGUGCUACUGGGAGCUGAUGUGGUGCUUCACAUUCAAGAGACACUGGAAGAUGGCCUACUUCUAUGCUGACCUUCUCAGCAAGGAGAACUCAUGGUCUAAGGCUACUUAUGCAUAUAUGAAAGCAGCCUACCUCAGCAUGCUAACUGCAGAUGAUUCUCUAACCUUUGGGGAAACUGCACCCACGCUGUUCAGGCAGGUUCCAGUGCUAAAGCAGAAAAUAGCUGGCAAGUCUUUACCAACAGAGAAGUUUGCUAUCAGGAAAGCCCGUCGUUACCUCACCGAAAAGCCUGUUCCUCUUCCUGCUCCUCCACUGGAGAUGAUGUACAUCUGGAAUGGCUAUACAGUCAUCGGCAAACACAAAGACUUAACUGAGGGCAUGCUGAAAACACUGGAUGAGGCCCAGGCUAAACUCGAGAACAGUCCGAGAACUGAGUUCACCACAGAUGAUCAGUGUCUGCUGAGCCUGCUAAAGGGACUCUGCCUCAAACACCUAGGGCACUACGAGGAAGCUGAACACUACUUUACCCUCGUGCUUUGCAAUGAGAGCCAGAUCAAGUAUGACCACUAUCUGGUUCCUAAUGCUUUGCUGGAGCAUGGUCUACUGUGUCUGGCACAAGGCAGAAAAGAUGAUGCUCUUAAACUCCUAGAAGCAGCAAAGCAAAAUUACAAGAACUACUCUAUGGAGUCACGAACACACUUCCGUAUUCAGGCUGCUUUGCACAAGGCAAAGGGCGGUGGGGAGAAUGGCAUCCAUGUUCCCUCCAGCCCAUAGCAGGCAGAGGGCACACUGGAGCAGAGACAGCUUUGUUUCCACAGGCCCACAAUGCAACGCUCUGCCCAGCCCAGCCCAGCUCCACCUAUUCAGGCGGGCAAUUUGUUUUUGUCAUCAGGAGGAUAAGGGAAGAGGGAUGCUUAUUUUUAUCAUGUGUGCUGCGCUUAUGGAUGACUCCAGCUCUAUAUGGCUCUGACUGGCAUAGGUGGGUUUGCUAUGCCCUCUUCCAGGGAUCUGUUAUGAUGAGAUUUAGUUCCUCAUGUGAUCUGAAAUAAAGACUUGUUGAGGAAUGCACCUAUAUUUAUGAAAUAUUGCUUCUAGCAGGCUUGUUGGUCUAGCACUAUGGCCACCCAUAGGAGGUGCACUAUGGUAGAAAACAAGGCUGCAUUUGUAUAGGACAGUAGAUACUGCAGAUUGCUAGGACAAAGAAUGUGCAUAGUUCAGGUUAGUGUGGUGGGACCUGUUGGAGUCAGAGUACCAAACAGUCCCCUAUAAAUUACUGACACUAACUGACCAGCAACACCGUUUGACCUGGUUCCUUCAAAGCCAUCCCAUUUAUUUUAGUUGAAUAUAAAUUAGAGAGUACUGAUGCCUUGACAUAUGAUUACAUGUUGACAUAGUUUGACACCAAGAAGAUAUCAUAAAAUGCACCUGUGAGACUGUUUUGUACUGUCAUUUGGUAAAAUUUGGUUACAGGUUUCACAUAUGUUUAGAUUUCUGAUCACUAAUAUGACCAAAUUAGGCACACAUUCUGAAUGAUGAAUUCACCUUUGUUACACUGCAUUAUCUUUUGUUUGUGUUUUUCUCAGAGUGAAUGAACAUUUUGUUGUUUAUUUGAAAUCCUUUCCUUCAAACCUGUGGAAACAUUUUUAAGACAAAAAUGUAUUCACGUGGAAUAAUUUCUUUCUAAUGAAGAAGUGAUCAAACCUACAGUCCUAUAGUUAUACAAUGGCUUUUGCACAAAGCUUUGUAAAUCAGCCAGCCAUGCAAACUCUCCAGAGACACACUUGCAGACUUGCAAGUUGUUCUUUACAUUUCUAUACUGUAAAUGGCACCUUUUACACAAAUUGUCCUGUUUUAAGAGGACAGAUGAAUGUGUCUUUUAGAAAGGCAUUCUCCCUUCUUUUCUCCUCCUGGUGUGUGGGACAGACUCCAACAGUACUUGAGCUUGAACAAACAGGUCAUUGACGCUGAGCAGUAAAGGACUGUGUGCUUGUCCGCCUGCUGCAGCUUUAGUGGGUGAAAACAUUCUGAAUAGCACAGUCUUCCUGCUUAAUGAACACCCUCUGCUGCUGUUUAGAUGUGCUUGAUCAGAACUACCUAUAGAAGGAUUGGAACAUCAUAACUACAAUCCUGUGUCAAAUAAUAAUUUGUACAAAUAUUUGUAAUGAUGAUUGAAAGAUACGACUGAAAUGGGUAAUCUCUAGUUGUGCUGGUAAUGAGUUUUUUUUGAAGGGCUCUGCCCCUGCAACAGUGUGUUCAUAACCUAAAAACUCAAGUGGUGUCAAGUGGUGAAAUUAGAACACUUCAGAUUUAUUCAUGAUUAGCACAAGGUUUGUGAUUCAAGGCAGUGGCUAGGAGUCGGUUUAAAUAUUCUCAGUGGUGGAUGAAAUGUAUUCUUAUUACUGUUUUAAGAGCAGUCACUCUGGAAUUUUAUGAUACCAAAUCAUAUUUUAUUUUCUAAUGAUCAAAUAUGCUUAUUUUUCUUAUCCCCUUUGGUUUUAGCUAAAAGAGAUUCUAAUUAAAUUUAGUGGCAUUAUGAUGCUAUCAGCACAUGAUACUGGGCACGCUACCACCGAGCAGAAUAAUAUUCCUGUACAUACUGAAUAUUUCUGUUGUAAUUUAAGAGGAAAUGAUGAUGAGCAACUAAAAACACAUCCCAUUAUGUGUUGUUUUUUGUCUGUUUGCAUACAGUGUGUUCAGUACAAAGUACCAUUAUUUAUAGAACAAAGUGCCAAUCCUUGAAUGAAGAUCUUUGCACUGGUUGUUCUCAUACAUGUGACUGAAUCCGCCAGAUACAUGCAAGGCAACGACAGUCAGCAAUAAGAAGACAAAUGGUAUUAGAAUAAUAUGGUACACGUUAUAUAUAAUUGGAAAUACACAUAGAGGACUUACAUUUGCCACCAAUAAAAUUGUUAAAAAGUGAGCGGUCGUCGAAGCUACUA